AUGGCCAUCCGCCCUAUGAAGUUCACACCCGAGGUUCUCCUCGGCGCCCCAAGGCGGUCCUCUGCCCUUCCCAAUGCAGCCGGCACACUUGCGGUGUAUACGCAGACGUCCUAUUCCUUCGAGUCCCACUCCAAAACAAACGAGAUACGAGUCAUCGAAAUACAGACAGGUCGAUCCGCUCUUAUCACCAAUGAUCCUGGCGCCAGUAACCCCCAGUGGCUGGGCGACAGCGACCAGCUUGUCUGGCUGAAGACCAAGUCCAACGGAAACACCAGCUUCAUUGUUGGCGAUGCACGUGAAGCCGAUAAGACAUACACUGCAGGCACAGUUCCUGGCCCGGUCUCGGACUUGAAGGUGACCGUCAUUGAGCCCGGAAAGAUUGGCUUCGCUGUUACCGGAAAGGCUAACCCGGAUGGGUCGCUUUACAAUCCCCAUGAUGCGAAGAAGCCGCAUACGACCGGCCGUUUAUACACAUCACUUUUUGUUCGACACUGGGAUGCAUACAUUGAACCACAGAAGAAUGCCAUUUGGUACGGUUUGCUUGAGCAAGCUCCCUUGACACCAGCCCGAAGACAGGCCGGGAAAUUCUCCGUGUCUGGCCUGACCAACCUGAUCUCGGUAUCGGGACUGGCAGGAGUUGAGUCGCCAAUUCCUCCAUUUGGCGGUACUGGUGAUUUUGAUAUCAGUCCUUCCGCGAUUGUCUUCAUUGCCAAGGACCCAAAGCUCAAUCCAGCUACCCACACCGCCUGCUCGUGCUACUACGCCCCCAUGUUUUCGUGGACUAGUAUGACCGUCUCAGAUGUAAAGCCCUGCAGAGUCACGAGUCUUCAAGGAGCGAUGGCGUCGCCUGUUCUAUCUUCGGAUGGUAGCUCCAUUGCUCUGUUAGCCAUGCGGAAGGAUGGGUAUGAAUCUGACAAGAACCGAAUUCUCUAUGUGCCCAAUCCAUGGAAUGGAGAGAUGUUCGAAGUUUUCGAAUCUUCCGACAGAAAGGGAGCUUGGGAACUAAGCCCUUCUGCUGUAUCGUUUGCCCAUGAUGAUAAAUCCUUGCUUGUCCAGGUUGAGGAGCAGGGCCGUGUUGUCUUGUAUCAGCUGGCUAUUGAUGGAAUUCAAACCGCCGGUCCGAACUCGAUGAGGAAGCUUACCAGUGAGGGAUCCGUCAAUGAUGUUGUUCCAGCCGCCGCCAAAACCUCCAAGCUUUUCGUAUCGAGCAGCAGCCUUGUGGAUAACAGCAUCUGGUCUAUUAUUGACCCGUACAACCCUAGCGAAAACCAAAUUGUAUCCUCACUUGGUCGUGGAGGGGCUGCAUUCGGUCUGCACUCGGCCCAAGUGAGUGAAUUCUGGUACACGGGAGCAGAAAACCAUAAAGUGCAUGCAUUCAUUGUGAAACCUUCCAAUUUUAAGCCUGGCGAGAAAUAUCCGCUGGCGUAUCUGAUCCACGGUGGUCCUCAGGGCGCGUGGAAUGACCAAUGGAGCACUCGAUGGAACCCAGCCGUUUUCGCUGAACAGGGCUAUGUCGUGAUUACACCCAACCCGACUGGCAGCACUGGUUAUGGACAAGAUUUCACGGAUGGUAUCUGUGGCGAAUGGGGUGGUCGGCCGUAUGAAGAUCUCGUGAAAGGAUUUGAAUACAUUGAGCAAAACUUGAAAUACAUCGACACCUCGCGUGCCGUGGCGCUUGGUGCAUCCUAUGGUGGUUAUAUGAUGAACUGGAUUCAAGGCCAUCCCUUGGGCCGCAAGUUCAAGGCUCUCGUCACACAUGAUGGUGUGUUCAGUAUGACCUCACAACUCGCCAGUGAAGAACAAUAUUUCCCCCUGCAUGACCUGAAGGGCCCAAUCUGGAGAGUUCCUGAGAAUUGGGCCAAGUGGGAUCCAUCGCGCUUCACGGCUAACUGGAAAACGCCUCAUCUCAUCAUCCAUAACGAACUGGACUACCGUUUGACUAUUGCCGAAGGACUGGCAGCCCUUAAUGUGCUGCAGAUGCGAGGCAUUGACAGCGCUUUCUUGACGUUCCCCGAUGAAAACCACUGGGUUCUUAACCCGGAAAACUCGCUCAUGUGGCACCGAACUGUCAUCAAUUGGAUCAACAAAUAUGUUGGUCUUUCGCCCAUUUCGGAGGAGCCGGAUCUCUCCCUCCGAAUGAACAGCCUUUCCCUUUAA